AUGUGUUGUAGUGAAAACAUCGGUAGUACCGCCGCACGAACAUGGAACAUUAGACCCACUGCACACGCUGGGAUUUUUGUAAUACAUGCAAUAGCUACCACUGGAUAUCGAAUCGCAGAAAUCGUCACACAUGAGAUCACCACCAUUAGUCGUUGUUGUGGCACUCGCAGUGGUAAUUGUCGUACUCGUAGUAGUGCUAGGAGUAGUAGUCGUCGUCGUACUCGUAGUAGUGCUAGGAGUAGUCGUCGUCGUCGUACUCGUAGUAGUGCUAGGAGUAGUCGUCGUCGUACUCGUAGUAGUGCUAGGUGUAGUCGUCGUCGUGGUCGUACUCGUAGUAGUGCUAGGAGUAGUGGUGGUCGUCGUGGUCGUACUCGUAGUAGUGCUAGGAGUAGUGGUGGUCGUCGUCGUACUCGUAGUAGUGCUAGGAGUAGUGGUGGUCGUCGUCGUACUCGUAGUAGUGCUAGGAGUAGUGGUGGUCGUCGUCGUACUCGUAGUAGUGCUAGGUGUAGUCGUCGUCGUGGUCGUACUCGUAGUAGUGCUAGGUGUAGUCGUCGUCGUGGUCGUACUCGUAGUAGUGCUAGGAGUAGUCGUCGUCGUGGUCGUACUCGUAGUAGUGCUAGGUGUAGUGGUGGUCGUCGUCGUACUCGUAGUAGUGCUAGGUGUAGUCGUCGUCGUGGUCGUACUCGUAGUAGUGCUAGGAGUAGUGGUGGUCGUCGUCGUACUCGUAGUAGUGCUAGGAGUAGUGGUGGUCGUCGUCGUACUCGUAGUAGUGCUAGGAGUAGUGGUGGUCGUCGUGGUCGUCGUCGUACUCGUAGUAGUGCUAGGAGUAGUGGUGGUCGUCGUGGUCGUCGUCGUACUCGUAGUAGUGCUAGGAGUAGUGGUGGUCGUCGUGGUCGUCGUCGUACUCGUCGUGCUAAGAGUAGUCGUCGUCGUACUCGUCGUCGUACUCGUAGUAGUGCUAGGAGUAGUCGUCGUCGUACUCGUAGUAGUGCUAGGAGUAGUGGUGGUCGUCGUGGUCGUCGUCGUACUCGUCGUGCUAAGAGUAGUCGUCGUCGUACUCGUCGUCGUACUCGUAGUAGUGCUAGGAGUAGUCGUCGUCGUACUCGUAGUAGUGCUAGGAGUAGUGCUAGGAAUAGUCGUCGUCGUACUAGGAGUAGUCGUCGUCGUACUAGGAGUAAUCGUCGUCGUACUAGGAGUAGUCGUCGUCGUACUAGGAGUAGUCGUCGUCGUACUAGGAGUAGUCGUCGUCGUACUAGGAGUAGUCGUCGUCGUAGUGCUAGGAGUAGUCGUCGUCGUACUCGUCGUCGUACUCGUAGUAGUGCUAGGAGUAGUCGUCAUCGUCGUACUCGUAGUGGUAUGAGCAUGAGAGCACCAGGUAUCAUCCCACUCUACAAAUCUAUUACUUCCUUCAGUGUAAUCCCAUACGAUAAGAUCACAUGA